AUGUUAAUCUGUUCAUAUCUAUCUAUCUAUCUAUCUAUGUUAAUCUGUUCAUAUCUAUCUAUCUAUCUAUCUAUGUUAAUCUGUUCAUAUCUAUCUAUCUAUGUUAAUCUGUUCAUAUCUAUCUAUCUAUCUAUGUUAAUCUGUUCAUAUCUAUCUAUCUAUCUAUCUCAUUCUGUUCAUAUCUAUCUAUCUAUCUAUCUCAUUCUGUUCAUAUCUAUCUAUCUAUCUAUCUCAUUCUGUUCAUAUCUAUCUAUCUAUCUAUCUAUCUAUCCCGUUCCCUUUUCGUUUAACUUUUCAACCUAUUUAUUUUCAACCUAUUUAUUCCCCAGCCUUCCUGUGUUACCGUUCUCUCUCAUUGCUUCUUUUUCAUUUUCUAUCUAUCUAUCUAUCUAUCUAUCUAUCUAUCUAUCUAUCUAUCUAUCUAUCUAUCUCAGUUUAUUCAUAACUAUCUAUCUCAGUUUAUUCAUAUCUAUCUAUCUAUCUAUCUAUCUAUCUAUCUAUCUAUCUAUCUAUCAGUUUUGA